AUGUGGGGAUUCAGGAGAAUGAAGAAGCUGAUGAGAUGGCAAAAAAGCUACAUAUUCAUCAUGGCAGUCAUGAGAGCUCUUGUGCUUCUUUUCUUGGUCUUUUCUGUUGAGAGUGCACCAGAGAAAUGCCAACGUGGAUGGACACGUUUUGAUGGGCAAUGCUACAAAUUCUUCUAUGAGUCAGUUGACUGGGUCACAGCUCAGAAAAACUGUCGAUCCAUUGGUGCAUAUCUUGCAUCUUUGCACAAUACAGAGCAAAACAACUUUCUCCUGACUCUGCUUGUGUCUGCUAACACACGUGUUUGGAUUGGUGGCCAUGAUGGUGAAAUUGAAGGACAAUGGCUGUGGUCUGAUGGAUCUUUAUUUCACUUUACCAACUGGUGCCCUGGAGAACCUAACAAUGUUGGUGGUAAAGAGCACUGCCUGGAAAUAAACUAUAGAAAUAACCGUUGCUGGUACGAUGUGUCCUGUUAUACCACAUUAAGCUACAUUUGUGCCAAACCUCUGUGA